AGGACCUCCACCACCUGAGAACUUUGGCAAGAGCAGUGGGCUGUCUUGUCAGUUGUGCCCAGCACAGAGGAGACGCUGCACACUUGAACCCAUUCUCAGAAGCUAGAUGGCAUCUCGCAACAUUUUCAAGGUGUUUGUUGGCAACCUGCCGUGGACAGUGGGACACAAGGAGCUCCGUCAGCACUUUGCACAGUUUGGUUAUGUUGUGAGCUCAAAUGUAAUAUUUGACCGGUCCACUGGGAUGAGCAAGGGCUUUGGCUUUGUUCAGUUUGGCAAUAAGAACGGCUAUGAUUCUGCUCUGAAUAAAUCUACACACCUGUUAGAGGGCCAUAUCUUGGAUGUUAACCCAACCAAGUAGCUUAAGAAAGUGUCUUUACAGGUGACAACAGUAGUGUUCAUGUUAGACUGUAGUCUCAGUGGUGGAAUUCUUAAGAUUCAACAUGGAUGAAUUAGAUUGUGGUCCCAUUGAAGGAGAAGUGGAAGCCCUGUUCAAUAAAGCUGCUUCAUACUUACAAACACUUGCCUCUAGCUUGCCUCAAGACAAAUUGCUGCACUUCUAUGCAAGAUACAAGCAAGCAACUGAAGGUCCUUGCAAUAUUCCCAAGCCUGGCUUCUUUGAUUUUAAGGGUAAACAGAAGUGGGAAGCAUGGAAGGAUAUGGGUGACAUGAGCAAAAACAAUGCCAUGAUGGAAUAUGUGAGUGCCAUGAGAGAGACAGACCCUGAAUGGGAACUGAAGGCAAGCAGUGAGAAAAGUGGAGCCUACUCCUCCAGUUGGGUGAGGGUCAGCACUCUUCAGCAGCAGCCAGAUGAUUUUACAAAGGAUGAAGACAAGAGCCCCUUUGAUUGGGUUAAAGAAAAUAAUGUGGAGAAAGUAAAAAUAUUGGAGCAUGGGAAAAUAAUGGAGAAGGAUGAGAAUGGAAUGACUCUCCUCCACUGGGCUGCAGACAGAGGGCACCAAGAGAUAGCCAAGUAUCUUCUCGAGCAGAAGUUGGACGUCAACGCCCGAGACAGUGAGGGACAGACAGCUCUCCACUACGCUGCAUCAUGUGGCCACCUGGAGGUCAUCAGGGUCCUACUGGAUCAUGGAGGAGAUCCGACCAUCCAGGACUCUGAUGGACUCCAGCCAGAAGAAUGUGCUGAAGAGGCUGAUGUCAAAAUGUUCUUCAAAAACUUAUAGGCCUGCCUAUAACAUUAUUUUUUCCAGCAGCUUUUCUUACAUUUGUCAUUCAGUUGUGUUCUUGUCAUCAUCUGCUGGUAGUUGUAUAUUAAGAAGUUAGGCACACCACUAAAUGCAUACUUUCAUUUCUGUACAAAGGAUUUUUGUAAUAAAAAUUUAAGUAACA